CUGGCUGACCACGAUGCUUCGGUGCUCGUAGGCCCAACCGAUUUUGAAAUGAUGGUGCUGCGGGGCUCAAAGAAGCGGAACGCGGAGACACGCAGUAGCGUGUUUCUCCUUUUUCUCAAAGAACUAAGCCUCGAGACAAUCUACGAGCAAUUGGUUGGGGCAAGAGCUUGUUAUAGAAGUGCGGCGCACGAUGAUGUCCCAUUAUUCUUCAGCCAAUAG